AUGGCGGAUUCUUCUUCUUCUUCUUCUCCUUCUUCAUCUUCUUCUUCAUCGAAGCUAGUGUAUUUUGUAAUAUUUCCAUUGAUUUUGUUAUCCGGGCUUGUGAUUAUUCUGAACCAGAAGCCUUCUACCUCUUAUAAUUCAUUUCCAUAUUUUCAUUAUCCUGCCGCCGCCGCCACCGCUGCAUCCCGGGCUUCCGGGGCGGUGACCGCCGCCCCAGCUAAGCAAGAUCACGUACCGGUAAAGCCCCGUUUCACGAAGAAUGGAUCGAAGCGCGACAAAUCCCCGAGUGAUUAUAAUUUAGACAAUCUAGAUAUGGUGGAGGCUAGCCUAGCGAAAGCUCGAGAAACAAUGCACCAGGCUCGACUCAACAACGAAACAUCUUUCGACCCCGAUUACGUACCCGAGGGCUCGAUCUAUCGGAAUGCCAACGCCUUCCACAGGAGCUACUUGGAAAUGGAGAAAUUGUUCAAGAUAUACGUGUACGAGGACGGAGAUCCGCCGUUGUUUCAUUACAGCAAAAGUAAGGGCAUUCUUGGAAUCGAAGGUAUCCUCAUUCAUCAAAUCGAGAUCAGCAAAUUCCGGACACGAGAUCCCGGAAAGGCCCACGUUUAUUUCAUUCCGUUGAGCGUGCAGUCGAUAGCGACCUACGCUUAUGUGAUACAUAAUCGAGCGUGGUCUCCCCUGCAGAAUAUAGCUAGAGAUUAUGUCAAACUUAUUUCCACAAAGUAUCCUCACUGGAAUCAGACUCUAGGUCGCGAUCAUUUCAUACUCGGUUGCCAUGAUUGGACUCCAACAAUCUCCCACGGAGUCCCUCUCUUAUUCAAGAACUCGAUCCGAGUCCUCUGCAACGCCAACACGUCAGAAGGGUUCAAACCCUCGAUAGACGUCUCCAUGCCGGAGAUAUACCUCCCCGAAGGAACCAUGGACGGAUUGAUCGGCGGGCCCCCUCCGUCAGAUCGAUCCAUCCUAGUCUUCUACGCAGGUGGGGUCCACGGCCCGAUAAGACAGAUGCUCAUGGACCAAUGGAAGGACAAUAAAGACCCCGAAGUACAAAUCCACGAGUACCUCCCGAAGAACAUGUCGUACUACGACGUGUUCCGAAGGAGCAAGUACUGCAUAUGCCCUAGCGGGUGGGAGGUCGCUAGCCCUAGAAUGGUGGAGGCGCUCUACAUGGGGUGCGUUCCGGUGCUUCUCAAGGAGAGUUACGCGAAACCUUUCGAUGACGUCUUGGAUUGGAGCACGUUCGCGGUCGAUGUUAGGGUUGAUGAGAUUCGUGAUUUGAAGAAGAUUCUGAUGGGGAUAAGUACGGAGAAGUAUGUCGAGAUGCAAAGGGAAGGGAUUCGAGUUAGGAGGCAUUUCGAGGUUAAUUUCCCGCCGAAACGGUACGAUGUUUUCCAUAUGGUGCUUCAUUCGAUUUGGCUUCGAAGAAUUAAUGUUCAGCUUCAUGAUGCACAUGAAACCUAAUGAUGUAUGAAUGUUUUUUUUUUUUUUCUUUUCUUGAAAUGCCUAAAGUAGGAAGUAAUUAUAUACUAUUGAUUGAAUUAAUUAAAAAUGUGUGACCUUCUUAUUAAGAGAUAUUCAAUGAGAUUAUUUGGUUUGUAGUAAGCAUUAAUUGAUUUCUAUUUUCUGCUGUUUUUUUUCUACAGUUUAGAUCAAGUCAUAAGGCAUAACUGGUCAGUGUUAGAUAUAUAUAUUAGAAUUUAUCAA